UACGAAAGUCGGUUUGGUUGUUUUGUUUGCUUCCGCCCUUCCACGCUCCAUCCUUAUCUGAACCAAACGCAUAUUUUAUUUCCAAGGAUUCUCGCGAAGAAGAAGCUUUGCUUCCCUUUCAAGUCUACAGGUCCGGAUUUAUUUUGCUGCUUUCGUUAAAUCUCUUCUCCAAUCGAUUUAGUCAUCAGAUCAAUGGCGUCUGGGUCGUCGGGUCGGGUCAACUCUGGAUCUAAAGGGUUCGAUUUUGGUUCCGAUGAUAUCCUCUGCUCCUACGAAGACUACGGCAACCAGGACUCCUCUAACGGUCCUCACUCGGAUCCUGCGAUCGGGGCGACCAAUCCCAAUAAGGAGUUUAACAAAACCCGAAUGGCCAGAUCUUCUGUGUUCCCUUCAAGCUCUUACAGUCCCCCAGAGGAAUCUCUGAGUCAAGACAUCACUGCCACUGUCGAAAGAACGAUGAAGAAAUAUGCAGAUAACAUGAUGCGUUUUCUUGAGGGAAUCAGCUCUCGCUUGUCACAGCUGGAACUGUACUGCUACAAUCUUGAUAAGACCAUUGGAGAAAUGAGAUCAGAUUUGACCCGUGAAAACCAGGAGGCGGACGUUAAGCUUAGAUCACUUGAUAAACAUCUUCAAGAGGUGCAUAGAUCAGUCCAGAUUCUAAGAGACAAACAAGAGCUAGCUGAGACUCAGAAAGAGCUAGCGAAGCUUCAACAUGGACAUAAAGAGUCGCCUUCAUCAUCUCACUCGCAAUCUGGUGAGGAGAGGACGCAGGCUCCUGUGGCAGACUCUAAACCAUGCGAGAGAAAAUCAGAUACUCAUAACCAGCAGCUUGCACUUGCUUUGCCUCAUCAAGUAGCCCCACAGCCACAGCCACAGCUGCAGCCACAGCCGCAGGCACAGAUGCAACCACAGCAGCAGUAUUACACGCCUCCUGCCACACACCUGUCGAACCUGCCCGCACCAGCUCCAGCUCCAUCUCCAGCUCCAGCUCCAGCUCCAGCUCUGGCUCCGGCUCCAGUUCCGGUUCCGGCUCCCCAGCCACAACCACUGGCGGCACAGGGUCAGUUUGUGUCUCCACAGCCUGCACCAUCUCAAUCCAGCUCGGCUCAGCCAUUCUCUCAGUACCAGCAAAUCUGGCAGCCUCCACAGCAGCAGGUGAGGCCACAGUCCAGUGGACCCUACCCGACAUAUUCACCCGCACCAGCAAGCAACCGACCACCCAUAGAAAUACAGCCUAGCAGCAUGCCGAUGCAACCAUCAUACUCAGGACCUCCCCCGCAGACAAUGCAGGCUUACGGGUACAACCCACCCGCGGCUAGAACAGCAGUGCCACCUCAGCAGAUGAAGACGUCCUACAGUCCCCAGUCGGGUGAAGGGUAUGUACCAUCGGGGUAUGCCAUGUAUGAAGGUGGUGAAGCGGGAAGGAUGCAAUACCCACCACCGCAGCAGACCCACUUCCCUCCAGGUGGGUACGCUCCUCAGCAAGGGGGUCGACAAUUCUUGAGAGCAAGCUCAGCGUAUGGAGAGUUGAUAGAGAAGCUGGUGAGCAUGGGUUUCAGAGGAGACCACGUGAUGGCUGUGAUUCAGAGGAUGGAGGAGAGCGGGCAGCCCAUCGAUUUCAAUGCAGUGCUCGACAGAUUGAGUGUGCAGUCACCUCAGAGAGGAUGGUGAUGCAACCGUAUGCUUGAUAUGUUUAUGAUGCCUUUACAGAUUAAUGCAGUUGUGGGACCGAACCGAUUGAAUAAGAGCCCUGGUUUGGGUGUGUGUAGUAGAAGGCCCUUGUUUUAUUGGGUCUUUUAAAGCCCAAUGGCUCUCUUGUGCUUUGGGCCUUUAGUGCGGAUCCAAUCCCCUUUGUUUUCAUA